AUGGCGACCAUCGAGGAGCUCUCGGGCCACAUCUGGAACCCGCUUCUGCUGUUCUUUACGGCCCUUUUCAUAUAUCUGGGGUCCUUGAGCUACCGUUCAUGGAACCGUCUCAGACACAUCCCCGGACCACCAGGUGCCGCCUUGAGCAAGUGGUGGAUGCUACGUAACACACUAGGUGGGCAGAUGCAUCUCGCUCUCAAGCGAGCCUGUGAUGACUAUGGCCCGGUCGUCCGCAUCGGACCCAACGACUUGGUAACCAAUGACUCGGAAAUCCUUCGCCGCAUGUGGGCGGUUCGCUCGCCAUACCGCAAGGGCGCCUUCUACGAGGCCGUUCGCUUCGACCCCACGAGGGACAACCUCAUCUCCAUGAGAGAUGACCACGAGCACAACGAGCUGCGCGCCAAGAUGGCCAUUGGCUAUUCGGGUAAGGAGAAUGAAGGUUUCGAAACCACCAUCGACAGUCAGAUACAGGCCUUUAUCAGACUCAUCGAGGAGCGAUACGUGUCGACCACUGGUGCCUUUCGCCCGAUGGACCUUUGCCAAAAGGUUCAAUACCUCACGCUGGAUAUCAUCACCUCCCUUGCAUUUGGCUACCACUUCGGGUACGUCGAGCAAGAUGCCGACGUUCAUCAGUACAUCAAGAUGACUGAGCAGAGCAUGCCCGUCAUGAUGACGCUCUCGGUAUUCCCGCACCUGGCCAAGCUGCUGCAGUCGCCCCUAUUCCGCCAAGCCAUGCCCUCGGAGCAUGACCGCGUGGGGUUCGGCAAGUUCAUCGCUGUUGCUAAAAAGGUCGUGGCAGAGAGGCUCAUGUCGGACAAGACGGCCAAGCGGCGAGACAUGCUUGGAUCGUUCCUCGCACACGGACUAACUCGAGAGGAGGCCGAAGGCGAGACAUUGGUCCAGAUCAUGGCCGGGUCCGACACCACGGCGACCGCCAUUCGAACGACCAUGCUCUAUCUGAUGACGUCCCCCUCAUGCUACUCCAAGCUCGCCAAGGAGGUGCGGGAGGCGGCCAACGUGGGCACAAUCUCAUCUCCCGUGACCAGCCGCGAGGCGGGCGGCCUUCAGUACCUACAGGCGGUCAUCAAAGAAGGUUUGCGGGUGUUCCCUCCCGUCACCGGUCUCAUGUCGACGACGGUGCCCGCGGGCGGCGACUUCAUGCACGGCAUGAGCAUCCCCGAAGGCACCGACAUUGGCUGGACAGCGUUUGGCGUGCUACGCUCCAAGGCAGUGUACGGCCCGGACGCCGACGUGUUUCGGCCUGAACGGUGGCUCGAAGCCGGCGAGGACGAGCUGAAGGCAAUGACGGCGCAGUGGGAACUCGUCUUCAAGUACGGAAAGUGGCAGUGUCUCGGCAAGACGGUUGCUCUCAUGGAGUUGAACAAGGUCUUUGUGGAGCUUCUUCGCCGUUUUGACUUUGCCCUGAUUGACCCCGCCAAGUCGUGGAGCUCAUUCUCGGCCGGCAUAUUCAUCCAGUCCGACCUCUGGGUGAGAGUUCAGAAGCUCGGCUAG